CACUCAUCGAAUGAGUAAAUGAUUUAGAUCAAGUAUAGCGUUAAGGUGAUUUAACAUGUACGCACAAUCAAAUCAUUGGGCAGACACUUAUUUAUCGGUCCUGAGCGGAUAUCCAAGACUCAGGCAGCUUGUUCGACAGGGGCUGUUCUUUUAACAUGAAUCCAGCAAAAAAAGUUGAUUCAAUUCUACAAAUCACAAGAACUGAAAAGUGAUAUCCGUUUUGAUUCCUGAUGAGCUGAGUGUGACUUUCCGAUGUUCAUUUCUUUCUUCAUGAAAGGAAAGAAGAAGAGAAAAGUGCCUCAACAGAAUCCAUUUGGCCUUUACUCCGCUCUUACCACAUUUCUGAGAAAACCACACACCUCUGACACUUCUCUGCAGGUUUAACGUGAUGCAGAGGAAACGACAGAGGACAGGGUUCACCUUACCAGAAAUGAGAAUUAAAAGAGAGUGAUGCCAGUCGACUGGAUGACUUGAAAGCUUGAGGACAAGAACACAAGAACAAACAAAUUACAGGAGAAGUAAUUUUGCAGUAUGGACGCAUCAAUCUCAGAUAUGUAUGACUAUGAUAACAACACUUACGACUGUGAGCAGGAUCCCGGCUCAAAGUUAUUCAAUGGAUCCAUGGUCUUAACAGUUCUUUACUACCUGCUAUUUUGUCUCGGUCUGCUCGGUAACGUCACAGUCCUCUGGGUUCUCCUCCGCUACAUAAAGUUGAAAAACAUGACAGAUGUGUGCCUCCUCAACCUGGCCCUGUCUGACCUCAUGCUGGCUGUAUCUCUGCCCCUGUGGGCCCACGACCCCCAGAACCUGGCGUCGUGCAGGCUGAUGACAGGAGUCUAUCAGCUGGGGUUAUACAGCGGCAAUCUGUUCGUGACCUUGAUGAGCAUGGACCGCUACCUGGCCAUCGUCCACGCCGUGGCAGCCAUGCGCGCCAGGUCGCUUCGCUACGGGAUCAUAGCUAGCGUCGCCAUCUGGGUUGUCGCUGGAAUCAUGGCAACACCUCAGCUGAUAUUUGCCUCCUUGGAGAUAGAGGUAGAUGACCCACAUUGCGCGCCCCUGUACCCCGAUGACAUGCUGCAGUUCUGGAAGAUGCAGCGAAACUUCAGUGAAAACACAGUGGGCCUUUUCGUCUGUCUCCCCAUUAUGAUAUUCUGCUACGUGAAAAUUCUUGUGGUGCUGUCCAGGUCCAGGAACUCCCAAAAGGGCAAAGCUGUGAAGCUGAUAUUCAUCAUAGUGUGUGUGUUUGUGGUGUGCUGGGUCCCUUACAAUGUCAUUGUUUUCCUUAAGACACUGCAGCUCUUUGAUAUGAUGAGCAACUGUGAGGCUUCGGAAAUCCUCAACUCUUCCAUGUGCUUUGCUGAGAUCAUUGCAUUGGCUCACUGCUGUGUGAAUCCGGUCAUAUAUGCGUUUGUCGGGGAGAAGUUUAGGAAGUCACUGGGCAAGGUGAUGACGAGAUGCUUCUGCUGGAGUUAUCAGAGCAGAGUGGCUUUUGGCCUCAGGGAAACCACAGAGAAAGAGACUUCCAACACGCCCGUAAAAUCAGAUUACUGAAGAAUGUAAAACAUGCCUGGUGGCUGUUUGGUGAUGUGUGGUUGUGAUGAUUAAGCAGUGUGUGAGUGUAUAGUGUUGGGUAGAUGAUGCUACAGUUAGAACUGUAAAAUGGUGCACUGAUAAUUUCCGGAAACGAGGGAAUGAUUCAGUUUUGAAAGUGUACAGAUUGUAAUGAUUUUUUUUCUUCAAAUCAUGUAAUUCAAAGUAUAUUUGGAAAUUGUGCAAUUCUAUUGUUUUUAUAAAAGACAAUAAAGUAAAUAA